UUUUGCGCCGUGGUUAAGACCAGUUAGUAGCAGUGUGUUCGAGGUCCGGUGCAUACUAUGCAAAAAAAACUUAAAACUCGGAACAAUGGGAGUGAAAGCUUUGGAGACGCACAUGCAGUGUGAAAAACACAAAGUGGCUGCGGAAACCUGUCGGAAAACACCUGGUAUUUACCAGUUCUGCUCCUUCGAGCCCACAACAGUAGGCCUACCACAGAGCGCUGCUGCAUCCCAAACAUCGGCGGCUGCAUCAGCUGCAACUUCAAGCACUGCGGUUUCCGCUCCAGCAGACAUCAGAGCAACGUUUGCCUCUACCACAACACUCAGAGCCGAGGUACUCUGGUGUCUGCAUACGAUAACGAAGCAUCAGUCUUAUACUGCUAACGAAGCUGUCGGUGACGUUUUCCGAACUAUGUUUCCAGACUCUGAAAUCGCUCGUACAUUUAAGUGUGGCAAAGACAAAACCGCAUACAUUGCCAGAUUUGGACUGGCUCCUUACAUAACCAAGCUCCUCGUUGCGGAUGUUAACAAGGAAAAGUUUGUUUUAAUGUUUGAUGAGAGCCUUAAUGAAACGUCCAAAAGAAAGCAGUUGGACUUGCAUGUUCGAUUUUGGGGGCAGGAUUGCGUCCAGUCAAGAUACCUAGGGUCACAAUUCAUGGGACAUGGAACAGCUCAGGAUUUGCUUCACCAUUUCAAAGUAAGUACCAACCCAUCACAAAUCAAAUUUGAAUGUGCAUUGCAGUUGGACUUGAAAAACCUUCUGUCUGUUUCUAUGGAUGGACCAAAUGUUAAUUGGAAGUUUUUAGAUCUCCUGCAACAGGAGCAUCAUGAGCAGUUUGGUGGCACACAGCUAAUUGUGGUGGGGAGCUGUGGCCUCCACACCCUCCACAAUGCCUGCAAACGUGGCUUCUCCAUUUGGCACAUGGAGAAGGUUCUAAGGGCCUUGCACAUACUCUUCCACAAUGCGCCAGCUAGGAGAGAGGAUUUCACGGCUCUAACCAAAUGCACAAAAUUUCCACUUCCAUUCUGUGGACACAGGUGGCUCGAAAAUCUACCAGUCGUGGAGAGAGCUUUGGAGGUUUGGCCAUCAGUGACCAUGUACAUGGAUGCAGUCAGAAAAAAGAAGAUACCAAAUCCAGGAACGGCAUCUUAUGACACUCUUGAAGUUGCUGAAAAAGAUCAUCUUAUCCUGGCAAAGCUACAUUUCUAUAUGGCUAUCACAAGGACUUUCAGUCCUUUUCUUACCUUCUAUCAAACAGAUGUGCCUGUGAUUCCGUUCCUUGCCAAAGACUUGGCUGAGCUGUUGAAGAGUAUGCUGAGGCGUUUUGUCAAGAAAGAAGUACUCAAGGAUAUUAGUCCACUUCAGCUGGUCAGAUUGGAUGUCUGUGACAAUCAGAGCUGGGUCAACCCAAAGGAAGUUAACAUAGGCUUGGGUGCAGAAUCUCUUCUUAAGGAACUACAGAAACAGAAAAAGAUAGGGGAACUCACAGUUCUGGAGUUUAGGAAAGAUUGUCUUAAAAUGAUGUCUACCAUCAUCCAGAAAGUACAGGAAAAGAGCCCAUUAAAGUAUCCUGUAGUGAGGCAGGUGGCCUGUUUGGAUCCCAGCAUGAUGUUAUCUGACCCUGACUGGUGCAAGAGCAACAUGACAAAACUGGUGCAGAAGUUUUUGCAAGCCCAACAGUUGUCAGGAGGUGUCUCUGCUGGUGAUGUGAUAAUCCAGCAGUUUAGUAACAUGUUAUCUGCUGAAAAUGAGACCCUUGUCUCAUACAGAUCCACAGAGACCAGGCUAGAUACGUUCUUGCAUGGUGUACUUGCCGAGCGCUAUGAUGAGUUGUGGGGCUUUUGCAAGAAACUGCUUCUCCUGUCCCAUGGGCAGGCUACAGUGGAGAGGGGAUUCUCCAUUAACAAAGAAGUGGAGACCUGCAAUAUGCAGGAGGAGACAAUGGUCACACAUCGACUGGUAUGCGAUUAUGUCAACAUCUGUGGAGGGCUCCUCAAUGUGCCUAUUUCUAAAGAGUUACUGGCCUCAGCUGCAUCUGCCAGGUCUAGAUAUAGAAUGCACCUGGAUCAGCAGAAGGCUAAGAAAAUUACAGAUGUCCAGGCACAGAAACGGAAAUCUUUAGAAGAAAACAUUGAGCACCUGAAAAAGAAAAAGAAAAUUCUGGUCCAGGUAUCUAUGAGCCUGCAGAGGGAUGCGGAUCAGCUUGCAGAAGAAGCUGAAGGAAAAGCUGGCACCUUGAUGGCACAGCUCAUUACAAAAUCGAACACACUGAGGAAGAGGUAUAAAGAAAAAACAAGUGAAUUACAGCAAAUUGAGACCGAGUUGGAGGCAAAGGGCAAAGAACUGAGAUCAAUACAGUAAAAAACAAAUGUUCAGGUUAAUGGCAUGCAGUGUACUUACUGCUGUGCAGUGUUUGUUUGAAAUCUUCAUAAGCCCAUGGCUGUCAAUAUUAUUCCUAAUGAUUAGUCAGUGCAAAGAAUAUUUUGCAAUUUUGUUUCACUCUUUCUGUAAAUCAAUAAAGAGUUUAAUUGGUUGUGUUGUGUGGUGUUUGCAAAUUUGUUACUACAAAAUUGGUCUUAAAUUUCAUUCUGUACGGUAUUAAAAAGGUCUUAAAAAGUCUUAAAUCUAUCUCGUAGAAACCUG